UUGAGUAUUGUGCGUUCAUUCGAAAGGCACUAUCGUCGUCCUCACUCUUUGGCUUAGUACAUAUUCCAAGUUUGCUACAAUAACUAUUUUACAAGAUGGCUGCGUCCUCCCUUUUAUCUUUCGAGAAUGAGGUGUUCGGUCUGUAUGCCUGGUACGCCACUGCAGUCACACUGAAGAUGAUGUUCAUGUCUUUGUAUGUUUCGCAAUACAGACUCCGACGAAGGAUUGUUGUGAACCCUGAAGAUGUCCGUGGGGAUAAGGAGAAGGCUUUCCGUAUAGACCCCGAUAUAGAACGCGGGAGAAGAUGCCACCGUAACGACAUGGAGAACAUCCCUCCGUUCCUUGUGGUGGGCCUGCUCUACGUUCUGACGGCACCCACUGUCUCCUCAGCCACUUGGCAUUUCCGUAUAUUCGUCAUUUCUCGUUUCUUCCACACCGUGGCCUACCUGACGCCUCUGCCGCAGCCAUCCCGAGCUCUCGGGUACUUCGUAGGAAUGUGUGCCACCGUGUCAAUGGCUAUAAACGUCCUGAAAAUUGGCCACAUGUAAUUAUCAGACUGCGAACUGCCGUCUGGAAAUUCUGAAAGAAUAGUCUUUUCAACAAACGCUAACUUCAUCAUUUAAUACAUGAUAAAGU